CAAGAAACCGAUCCGCCAAGCUUUCCCAAACUCACGUCACCACUCUCAUAGAGCUUGUUCAAGACAACUCCUCAUCGCCCUUGACAAACAAAUAUUUGGGGCAGUACCUUCAACCGGCGAGCGCAUUUAGAGACAUUCUGGCGGGCUAUAUUUACUGCAAGAUACAUACGCUAGCAGUACCAAUUCCCAAACGAAAGGGCUGGCGCAAUAACGCUUGUGCUCGUGCCCUGUUCGCUUGGUGACUUGAAGGUCACGCGAUGCCAUUCGGCUAAUGGCAGCCAUGAUCCAUCGACUUGAGUUCGGCGAGAAAGCUGAGCUUUCAACCGAGAACUCUUGAAUUGCCCCGGCCUCGCUUUCAUAUUGGCAUUAUCUGGAAUUUACUUACUUACAUAUCCAAGUUCCCGACAUGCGACUUCUCAAACUCCUCUCAAUAUUUCUCGUUCCCGUCACCAGCUCGCCACCUUCCCUUGAAGUCCCGCAGCAGCAGCACCUCUCCUCCCAGCGCCAAAAUCAUGAAAGGCUACUCCCCGGCAGCGGGAGCACGAGUGGCGGCGGCGGCGUCUCCCCAACCUUCUUCGCCUCGCUCGAACGGACUGCUCGCCUGGUCGACAUCACCUAUUGCGUGGGCACGACGGGCAUCUCGCCGCCUUUUUCCUGCGCUUCCCGCUGCAAGGAUUUCCCGUCCCUCCAUCUCAUCCGCACAUGGAACACGGGCGUACUCCUGAGCGACAGCUGCGGCUACAUUGCCGUGGACCAUGGCGUCGGCGAGAAGGCGAUUAUUGUGGCGUUCCGGGGCACUUACAGCAUAUCGAAUACCAUUGUCGACCUGUCCACCGUGCCGCAGGAAUAUGUGCCCUAUCCGGCACCCGGAGACGGCAAUGGGGAUGGUGACGAGGGCGGUGAUGGGAGGAGGAGAUGUGAAAACUGUACCGUGCACAUGGGCUUCAUGGCUUCGUGGAGGAAUGCGAGAGAGGCGGUGCUCCCCGCUCUCAAGGCCGCGAGAGAGGCGCACCCCGGGUAUUCUGUGCAUCUGAUCGGGCACAGUCUCGGCGGGGCUGUCGCUGCGCUGGCGGCGCUGGAGCUUACCCUUUCGCUGGGGUGGGGAGAUGUCAUGAUCACCACUUUUGGAGAGCCAAGGGUCGGGAAUAAGCAGCUGGCCGAGUAUAUUGACAGGGCCUUUGGGUUGUCAAACGAGGAGGACCAGAGGGAUACGGAGGGCUUAUCCUACCGCCGGGUUACGCAUGCUGGGGAUCCGGUACCGCUGCUCCCGCUGACUGAAUGGGGAUACCGCUCGCAUGCCGGGGAGGUGUACAUCGAGAAGUCGGACCUACCGCCGGAACCUGAGGACUUGCGUCUCUGUCACGGAGAUGACGACCCGGCAUGUAUUGGGGGCGCCGAGACGGCGGGCUGGCUACGUUGGGUUGUUGGGCUAUUGACUGGAAAGGCAACGCCGGACGAUGACGAGACGUUGAAGAUAAGUCGGAAUUGGUUCCCGGCAAGGUUGAAGUUGUGGCAGCUAUUGUUUGCUCACCGGGACUACUUCUGGAGAUUGGGACUUUGUUUGCCUGGAGGUGAUCCGGCGGACUGGGGCAGGGGGAGGUGUGACGGUCAGUCUGAGUUACGAGACCUGUAGUAUUCACGACUUUUGUUCAGAUGGCAUUCAGCGCUGGCGUUUUGGGGUUGUAUUCUACAAGAAAUUGGCAAGUUUGGUUGGCCUGAGUCCGGCGGAUCAUAUACACAUCCAAGCAUUAUCCUCGAUAAUACACGCAGAGGACACAAGUCCUGAAGCCUGCUAUAAGUACACACGCACCGGACCUCACUCCUCGGGUGAACCGGGGACAUCGCCAAGCAUGUGUCGGUUCUAAUCAAGCAGGCCAUGCCAUAGUUAUCUUGGUG